UCCAAAAAAUCACAUCUUAUCUUACCAUGUCUUACCACGAAGAAGCCUACAACAAGAUCCACGCCGUCGAUCUUCCCACUGAGGAGCACAAGGCCGAGUGGACCCACCAGUUCUUGGCCGCUGCCGCUGGCUUCGGUGCCAUGCACGCUUUCAACAAGAACAAGGCCGAGAAGGAGGGAGAGGAAGUUGACCACCAUCUUGCCAAGGAGCUCCUCGCUGGUCUCGCUGCCGCUGCCGUUGACAACCUUGCCGAGUCCAAGGGUAUGGACUGGGUCGAUCGCGAGAAGGCCAAGCACCAGGCUAAGGAGGAGGCUGAGAAGCUUUACAGCCAGCAGACUGGUUACGAGUUCUAAAUAACCAAUCAAGAAGCCAACCCUUUGCUAGAUAAUCAUAUCUUUCAUCUUUACAAAUGUAUUCCCCACCACUCCACAUGUUCUAGUCUACUGUUAUCACUCUAGACAGUUCAUCUGUAUUUAGUUGAUGUACCCAUCAUGUUUUUUUAUUAAAGAAAAAGGAUUCCUUUUUGUUACAAUUUAACCAAGUGU